AGGUCUUGGCAUCCAAUAUGGCCCACGGGCACCAGAAGUUCCAGUCCCAGCAGAAGAAUCCCAAAAAGCAGGCAGACAUCAAGAAGAGCAAAGGCCAUGACCAGAAGGCAGCGGCUCUGGCUGCUUUAGUAUACACAUGUACUCUGUGUCGGGGAUGUGCUGAGACACAAAUGCCCAAACCAAAGACCUUUAAGCAGCACUUCGAAAGCAGACAUCCAAAGUUCUCAAUGCCCCCAGAGUUAGUCAGUGUGGAGGCGUAAUGGAUACAACUCUCCUUCAAUAAGGCCAUUGGAGCUUCCACAUUAUGCAAUGUUUUAGUUUCUCUAUCUUAAGCACUAAUUAAAUUGCUCUUCAUGCUGACUAUUCAGUUUUUGAUGCAUGAGUGUCAAAUGCAGGGUUGUUACAGUAACUGGCUUCCUGUGUUUUUUGUUUUUUACAAAAUUUGAUUUUUAGAACAUACAGAAUUUGAUGUGGGACCAGCACGGAGGGUAGACACAGCAGACUGCUAAAUAUGUCUUAUGAAAUAUGUCUAUGUUCAUGUUCAAGUUGGACCGGAGGGCACUGCAUUUCCACUUGUAUAAGAAACCAUGCAUGACCCCUUUUAUUUUAUACUGGUUUCUUCUUCCUGGCAUGCUGGGAAUUUCAUUUACACAAAUUAACUGGUGAUUAACCUCAGACAUUGUUUCGUUGUGCAAAUGUCUGACAAUAUCCAUAUUUUUACUUUUGUAAUAAUAAUUUCUUCAUCCACACAAUGUUAUAUACAGCGUAUUAAUAAAAUUGAAUUGUUAGGUUAC